AUGCCACCAAAGGGAUCCAGAGGGGCCAAGCAGGGCUCUUCAUCAGGCUCAGCCUCAUCGAGAGCAGCCGCCCUCCUCGCAAAAGCUCGAGCAGCCUCAUCCUCUUCACCACGAGCAUCAGCAGCCGUCAAGCGCGAGCCGGCUACGCGUGGCGAAUCGGCCGCCUUGCCUGGCUUCAGUGCAACAAGUGACGCGUUCCCAUCAAGCUCGGUACCCAACUCGUACAUCUCAUCGUCAUCGACGUCAACUAGCGCUUCAGCUACCGGCUCGUCAUCGUCCGGCCCACAGCUUCCCCUCCCCGUUCUGCUCAAACGCCUCACAUCCGGCAGUGGCCGGUUCAGCGUGCGGGAGGCCAUUCCUGUUGCAGGAAAGUUGCUCAAGGCAAAGCUGGCCAGUGAGGAGGCAUUGAGUUUACUCAGCAACCACAUUCUUGAAGAGAGAGCUGGCAUCGAAUCGCAGGAGGAGCGAGCAAAGAUCAUCACAGCCUUUGGCGCUCAGACUGCCGCCGCGAGCAGGAAGAGGCGACGAGCUGAUCACUUUGAGAGUGACGAGUAUCUCUCUCGCGAAUGGGGCAAUGUCUCUGCUCCCUCUGCAUCGUCAUCCAAGAAGCUUCUCGCCUCCUCGGUCCCACUCCUGGACUAUCACCUGAACCCGAUCCUCUCUCUUCCGGACUUGCGAGGUCGCUAUUGCUACGUGAACCGCGCUCCUGUGCUUACGGCAUGGUGCGUCGUACUACUGGAGCGACUGGGCUUCCAACGACGUGAAGCACUCAGUGUAGCACACUGCUACGUCUCCCGUACAGCCACCGCUAGGGGCGUAGCGAUCGGGGUCUUCCCCGCCUCUAAAGCGCAAGUGGAAAGCACACAUGUGGGGUCUGGUCAGCCACACUUUGAGCUGAUGGGAGUAAAGGUGCCUGUCAUGCAAGUGGACGUGCCUCGCCCACCUGGCACGGUAGAGUCUGAGGAAGAGGGCAAGGAGUGGCGUGGGAUCGAUAGUGAAGGUAAUUGCGUUGGGCCAGAGAGGGCUUUCAACUACAUCAGGAAGAGUAUGGCGCAGACGCUUCCAUUGGUCGUGGGUGCACUGAGUCUUCUGGCUGAUUCGUGGAUGCAAGAUGAAGGCGGAGGAGUGGGCGGAGAGGAGGGCGUGAAGGAGGAAGGUGGGGAGGUAAAGCAGGAGCCGGACGCCAACAGCGAUCGAAUCGAGGUAGAGCAUGAGGAGCAUGCCACUAGCGUAGGCUCAGAGCCAGCCGAUGCGGCCACCUCCAUGGCUUCAUGUGGCCCUGACGUCCUUCACAGUCGCGCAUACGAGCUCUACACGCUGUUCCGCCCCUCGACAGGCGGGCAAUGGGGCAAACGAGCACGAUUCGAGCUGGACAAGGUUCUGGCGCUGCGUAGAGGACACGAGGACGAGUGGGAGAGGGAGUGGGCUCACAGAGUGGAUGAGGAGGAUGAGGACGUCAGGGGUGGAAGAGACGUUCAGGCGCCUGCAAAGAAAGACGAAGAGCAGGCACCGGAAGCGACAGUGGAUGAGGAGCGGGCACUGCAGGAGGACAUCGAGCGAGCGAUUCAAGAGGAGGAAGCGGCUGCGGCGGAGCAAUCGGGCGACAGCAAGCGCGUCAAGUUAGAGGUAGAGCAGUAG